AUGACAUGCAACUGGGUAAAUGAAGAUUAUUUUGCUAAUUUGAGGUGCAACGAUCGACGCGCGCACGGAGCAUUAGAGAUGCUAGUGAAUGAUUUGCAUACAGCAAAAGAGAGAACAGUAUCGACAUUUCUGUCUUAUUCUGGCUCGGAGGAUCUUCUUUGGAGUCUUGUGCAAUUACUAGGAAAUGACAUAGCAAGAGUGGCAGGCAAUGCUGCAUAUAUAAUUGGUACUGUGGCAGAAUUUGAACUGGGCUGCCAUAGAAUUAUCUCCCUUGUGAAGAGCCAGCCAGCUGGAGGCAACAAUCUGUUGUGUCAACUUACCAAGAUGUUGACCUCGGCUGACCACGAGAGUGUCAUGAAUGCUGCUGGGACUCUGGGCACACUGGCUGAAAAUUCCCAAGGUAGAAAGUGGAUGUUGUCAGAGCCAUGUAUCCAGCCCAUGCUUGAUCAUGUCACUGACCUGCUUCAUGUGGAGAACAUAUGGACUGCUAGCAAUGCUGCUUUAGUCUUAGCAAGGCUGAGUAUUUCAGAGGAAGGCUGUGCUUGUAUCUUAGAACACCUCCACUCACAGAACAUCCUUGUGAAUCUCAUCCAAGCGCUUGGAAUUGAUGAGGCAGGUAGAGGAAUGAAUGCAGCAUUUUCUCUAGGUCGGCUGUGUGAUAUUGGGGAUGGAAGACAGCGGUUGAUGAAUUUACCUGAAUCUGAAAAAAUGAUUUCCUCCCUGGUUGAGAUGCUCAGCUGCUGGGAUGCAGGUGCCAGUAAGAACGCUUGCUUCGCUCUCAGUUGCCUGGCGGGAGAUGUGGAAGGUCACAGCCAUCUGCUAAACUAUUCACACUCAGAUGAUGUUCUCAAGAUCCUCUGUAAGCUGCUCAGUGCUGAUGAUUCUGAGACAGGCUGGUUUGCUGCUAUGACACUUAGAACAUUAGCCAGUCAGCGUAAGGGAUGCUUGAGACUCCGCAGCUGUCCUGGUGUGUAUGAAGCAUUAAAGGAGGUUGAACAGCUUGAAGAUGUGAACUCAGAUAUGAAAGAGGAGAUAAUGAUUACACUGGAAAUUCUCAAGCCACUUAGUCCCCCAGAGGCCCCUUUCAUUAAAGUUCUCAGCUCAAGAUCUUGCCAUGCUAGUUGGAAUAAAGUAACAUAUAAUUAUGUCUUUGACAUACGGUACCAGUUAUUUGAAGGUGAUAGAUGUGUCUACUGUGGACCAGACUGCCAGUUUGAAGUUAACUCUCUUUUGCCUCAUCAAACAUACGGCUUCAAAGUUCAGGCAGUUAGCGAUGUGGAAGAAAGUAUUUUCAGUGAAAGUACAAUUGUGACAACAGAUGAGGACUUGCCUGAAGCUCCACAGAAUCUGAGAGUUCUUGGCUCAACUGCCACACAGCUAAAAUUUGGGUGGAAUCCACCAAACAUUGUCAAUGGAGUGUUAAAAGGGUAUUAUGUUUAUCAAGCAAAAAAUAUGGUAGAACAUACUAUGGAAUUAGCAUCAAUAAUAUCAGGCCUCACUUCCAAUACUGCCUAUGAGAUACAGGUUUGUGCUGCUACUGUCAAAGGAAAGGGACCAAAGGCAGUCUGUACAGGCAUCACUGCAGAGCUAGGAACUCAUGCUCCAAGCAAGCCACAAGUUCAGGUUCUUGGCAGAAGUGAAGUUCAUGUUUCAUGGGAACCACCACAGUUACCUCUGGGUCGGAUCACUCGAUAUGAUGUCAGCAUGAAUGGAAAGAUUAUUUACUCAGGGACAGAACUCAGCUGCAGUGUUCACAGACUGACCCCUGACACCGAAUACUGUUUCGUUGUCACAGCUCUGACAAACGAGGGCAAAUUUGACAGCAAAGUCACCAAGAAACGAACAGCUAAAGAUGAGUAUGAUCCAGAUAGACCGCCUCUCUACCAGACGCCAAAAAAGGAAGAAGAGUUACAAAAGGCACCAAUCCACAAGAAAACAAAACCAAAUGAUUCCAGAUCAGGCAGCAUCCACA